AACAUGUUGAGAACUGUCAAUGAACCCAUAACAUUCUCAUAUUUGCUUCCAUUCUCUUGAACUCAUGGAGUUUCAAAUUCCCUUUCUUUUUGUCCUUUUUACUUUCUUCCUCUUCCUGUUAAUGGCAACUAAAAUAGUAAGGAAAUCAAAAACCAAGUCAAAGUUGCCCCCAGGACCAUGGAGAUUACCACUCUUAGGAAACUUGCACCAACUUGUUGGCUCACUACCUCAUCACUCUUUAGGAAAACUUGCUAAAAAAUAUGGACCCUUGAUGCACCUACAACUUGGUGAAGUUUCCAACAUCAUAGUAUCUUCACCAGAAAUGGCCAAAGAGGUUAUGAAAACACAUGACAUAAUCUUUGCUAGUAGGCCUUAUCUUCUUGCUGCCAAGAUCUUGUCUUAUGAUACUAAAGGCAUUGCCUUCUCUCCAUAUGGAAGUUAUUGGAGAGAGAUUAGAAAAAUGUGCAUGGUGGAGUUGCUAAGUGUAAAACGUGUUGAAUCAUUCCGAUCAAUUAGAGAAGUGGAGGUGUCAAAUCUUAUCAAAAUGAUAUCUGCAAAUGAAGGUUCACCAAUCAAUCUUAGUGAGAAGUUCUUUCAAUUGGCAUAUGCUAUAACAUCAAGGGCUGCCCUUGGUAAAACAGCCAAAGACCAUGAAGCAUUCAUAUCAAUUGUCAAUGAAGGUACAAAACUGGCAUCAGGGUUUUGUGUUGCUGACAUGUUCCCUUCAAUUGAAGUGCUUCAAGUUAUUAGCAGUUUGAGGCAUAAACUUGAGAAGCUACAUCAAGGGAUUGAUCAGAUACUACAAAAAGUUUUGAAUGAGCACAAAGACAACAAUUUGGAAGCUAAAAAAGGUGAUGGCAAAGCAGAUAAAGAUAUUGUUGAUGUCCUCUUAAGGCUCCAAAGGCAUGGUGAUCUUGAACAUCCCUUAACUGACAACAGCAUCAAGGCAGUCCUCUUGGACAUAUUCAGUGCUGGGAGUGAGACAUCAUCAACUACUCUAGAGUGGGCAAUGUCAGAAAUGGUGAAGAACCCACAGGUGAUGGAAAAGGCACAAGCUGAGGUGAGACAGGUCUUUUAUGGAAAAGCAUAUGUGGAUGAAACAUAUCUUCAUGAAUUGAAAUUCUUAAGAUCAGUUAUCAAAGAAACUCUGAGGCUGCAUCCUCCUAUUCCUUUGUUACUUCCAAGAGAAUGCAGAGAGAGUUGUGAUAUUAAUGGAUACAAGAUACCUGUCAAGACCAAGGUCAUUGUUAAUGCAUGGGCUAUUGGAAGAGAUCCAAGGUAUUGGACUGAAGCUGAGAAAUUUUAUCCAGAAAGAUUCCUCAACAGUUCAAUUGAUUACAAGGGGACAGAUUUUGAAUACAUACCUUUUGGUGCUGGAAGGAGGAUGUGCCCUGGAAUUACAUUUGCUAUGGCUAAUAUUGAGCUUCCACUUGCACAAUUCCUAUAUCAUUUUGAUUGGAAACUUCCCAAUGGGUUGAAGCAAGAAGAUCUAGACAUGACUGAGGAAUUUGGAUUGUCUUUAAGAAGAAAAAAUAAUCUACACUUAAUUCCUAUGCCUUAUCAUCCUUUGUCUGUAAAAUAAAAUCAGCAUUUCUUAUUAUCCUUUGACUGUAAAAUAAAACCAGAAAUGGUAUAUUAUUGUAUGCUCCCUUUGUAUUGCUAUAAAAGUAACCAACUAGACUUCUGAGAU